AUGAUUACCGUCCCUCUCAAAUUUGGAGCACUGAUUUUUUACAUUUUAAUCAGUUUUCUUACGACCUCAAAAUCUGUCAAUGAAUUCUCUUACAAUGGAUUUCGAUCGGCAAAUCUGAGCCUCGACGGCAUAGCAAAGAUCACGCCCAACGGUCUCCUGAAACUAACCAAUUUCACCACACUACAGAAAGGUCAUGCCUUUUACCCUGAUCCCAUUAUAUUCAAGAAUUCCUCUUAUGCCUCAGCCUUUUCCUUUUCUACAUACUUUGUUUUUGCAAUGGUGUCUGGCUAUGAGAAUUUGGGUGGUCAGGGAAUUAUUUUCGUGCUUUCGCCGAGCAAAAGAUUUGAAAGAGCCAGUUCGGGAUUAUACUUCGGCCUACUCAAUCAAACCAACAAUGGCAAUUUUUCCAACCAUAUUUUUGGAGUGGAACUCGAUUCAUUGAAAAAUGUCGAAGUUCAAGAUAUCGACGACAACCAUGUUGGUAUUGAUAUUAAUGGAAUGAAAUCUGUAUCUUCAAAUACAGCUGGGUAUUGGGAUAGUGAAGAUUUGUUUCAUAAUUUGACACUUAACAGUGGGCAACCAAUGCAACUUUGGGUUGAAUAUGACGGUACAGAAAAGCAAAUCUCUGUUACAUUAGCUCCACUGAAUGAUUCCAAGCCAAAUAGAACUCUUCUGCAGAUAUCCUAUGAUUUAUCACACGUCUUAAAACCAACUAUGUUUGUUGGCUUCUCCUCUGCAACUGGCCCUAUUCAAAUAACUUCCCAUUAUGUUCUUGGAUGGAGUUUCAAGAUCAAUGGUAUGGCUCAAUCACUUGAGAGGAGUAAAAGUCAUAGAUUUUCUCUCUCAUCCGUCCUGCUUCUUCCUUUCGCCAUAUGGGGAGUAGUUUGUUAUGUCACUAGGGUGAGGAAAUUUGCAGAAGUUCUUGAAGAGUGGGAGCGGGAUUACUCACCUCAGAGGUUCAAAUUUAAAGAUUUGUACAAGGCCACUAAAGGGUUUAGAGAUAAGGAGAUACUGGGUAGAGGAGGAUUUGGAAAAGUAUACAAAGGUGUGAUGCCUAGGUCUAAAUCUGAGAUUGCUGUUAAGAGGGUGUCUCAUCUCCCUCUCAAAUUUGGAGCACUGAUUUUUUACAUUUUAAUCAGUUUUCUUACGACCUCAAAAUCUGUCGAUGAAUUCUCUUACAAUGGAUUUCGAUCGGCAAAUCUGAGCCUCGACGGCAUAGCAAAGAUCACGCCCAACGGUCUCCUGAAACUAACCAAUUUCACCACACUACAGAAAGGUCAUGCCUUUUACCCUGAUCCCAUUAUAUUCAAGAAUUCCUCUUAUGCCUCAGCCUUUUCCUUUUCUACAUACUUUGUUUUUGCAAUGGUGUCUGGCUAUGAGAAUUUGGGUGGUCAGGGAAUUAUUUUCGUGCUUUCGCCGAGCAAAAGAUUUGAAAGAGCCAGUUCGGGAUUAUACUUCGGCCUACUCAAUCAAACCAACAAUGGCAAUUUUUCCAACCAUAUUUUUGGAGUGGAACUCGAUUCAUUGAAAAAUGUCGAAGUUCAAGAUAUCGACGACAACCAUGUUGGUAUUGAUAUUAAUGGAAUGAAAUCUGUAUCUUCAAAUACAGCUGGGUAUUGGGAUAGUGAAGAUUUGUUUCAUAAUUUGACACUUAACAGUGGGCAACCAAUGCAACUUUGGGUUGAAUAUGACGGUACAGAAAAGCAAAUCUCUGUUACAUUAGCUCCACUGAAUGAUUCCAAGCCAAAUAGAACUCUUCUGCAGAUAUCCUAUGAUUUAUCACAUGUCUUAAAACCAACUAUGUUUGUUGGCUUCUCCUCUGCAACUGGCCCUAUUCAAAUAACUUCCCAUUAUGUUCUUGGAUGGAGUUUCAAGAUCAAUGGUAUGGCUCAAUCACUUGAUCUCUCUCGACUUCCUAAACUGCCUCGUGUUGGUCCCAAGAAGAUAUCGAAGGUUUUAACCAAUGGAGGGUGUGAUGGUGUCCCCUUGUGGUCGUAUCCUUCUUCUACUACUUCUCAAACGGUAUUUACACAAGCUUCCUCGGUUUCAAAUUUUCUCCUAUCUGGAGGCCGAUGAAAAUAAUGCGUUAUAAUACUGGAUAAGUUCACUUGUGUAACCAUAUGGGGAGUGGUUUGUUAUGUCACUAGGGUGAGGAAAUUUGCAGAAGUUCUUGAAGAGUGGGAGCGGGAUUACUCACCUCAGAGGUUCAAAUUUAAAGAUUUGUACAAGGCCACUAAAGGGUUUAGAGAUAAGGAGAUGCUGGGUAGAGGAGGAUUUGGAAAAGUAUACAAAGGUGUGAUGCCUAGGUCUAAAUCUGAGAUUGCUGUUAAGAGGGUGUCUCAUGAAUCAAGACAGGGGAUGAAAGAAUUUGUGGCAGAAAUUGCAAGCAUGGGUCGACUACGCCAUCGGAAUUUGGUGCCUCUAUUGGGAUACUGUCGGCGUAAAAGUGAACUUCUGUUAGUCUAUGAAUACAUGCCGAAUGGAAGCCUAGACAAGUUUAUCCAUGACCAGCCUAAGUUUACUCUCAGUUGGGACCAAAGAUUUCGAGUCAUCAAAAGUGUAGCAUCUGGAUUACUUUACCUACACGAAGAAUGGGAGCAAGUCGUGAUCCACCGAGAUAUAAAGGCGAGUAACGUUUUAUUAGACGGGGAAAUGAAUGGAAGAUUAGGUGAUUUUGGGCUUGCAAGAUUGUAUGAUCGUGGGGCAGACCAUCAGACGACUCAUGUGGUUGGGACACUAGGGUACCUUGCCCCAGAGCAAAAUAGAACAGGAAAGGCCACAACAAGCACUGAUGUUUAUGCUUUUGGGGCAUUUUUGCUUGAGGUUGCCUGCGGGAGAAGGCCAAUAGAUCCCAAAGCUGCCUCUAAUGAUCUAAUAUUGGUAGAUCAAGUGUUUUCCUACUGGAACGAAGGUGACAUUUUCCAGGCAGUCGAUCCAAAUUUAUGUAAUGAUUACGUAAAAGAGGAGAUGGAAACAGUGUUGAAGCUUGGUUUGCUAUGUUCUCAUUCAGAGCCAAAAUUUAGGCCUAGCAUGCGUCAAGUUAUGUUGUAUCUGGAAGGCGCAUUGGCUCCGCCAGAAUUGUCUGCAAGUGGCCUAAAAUUGACACAACAUAAUGGAGGGUGUGAUGGUGUCCCCUUGUGGUCGUAUCCUUCUUCUACUACUUCUCAAACGGUAUUUACACAAGCUUCCUCGGUUUCAAAUUUUCUCCUAUCUGGAGGCCGAUGAAAAUAUUAUGCGUUAUAAUACUGUGAUAAGUUCACUUGUGUAGAGGGUAUUUUCUUCCUCAUACUGUAUUUGGUUUCUUGCUGCUCCUUGUAUCAGUAAUUUCCAUGGGUUCUUGAAAUGUCAUCUCUACAUCGCUCUUAUCUAAA